AGUUGGAUUAACUAUCAAGAUUAAGAAAAAAUCAAUAUCUUAACAUACCCUUCUAGUCAAAUAUACUAUACAACCAACAAGUUGAUCAUAAAUUAUCAUAUGAUUCAUGAUCACAUUUUUCACAGCCGCCAAAUCAGUUUUCUAUGGGUAAUUACGUGCUUUACAACCACAACUUUAUUAAAAGUCUCAUUAUAAAAUGUUAUUUUAAUUGUAAAACGAGUAAAUAACACUUAUAAUAAAAUAAAGUGACAGAAACUUUGAAGUUAUCAUCUAAUAUAUAAACAACCAUUUCAAACCUUUUUGUCUUUGAAUUCUAGUUGAAAAACACACACCCCACAAAGUUAUACAUCUUCUUUUUGUGUUGUUAUUUGUUAUAAACCAUGGUAGCCCUCUUAGGUCAGAAAUUUGCAAAACUCUACAACAAGCUGGAGAAUCAUGAUCAUCAUCACCAUGAAGCUGAGGACUUAUCAGCAUCCCUGAAGGCUUUUCGAUUCCAAGUUUCGAAUUUCAUCAACGAAUUAGGAUCAAAUUCGAAACCCGGAUCAGAAAUACUAUCCUUGUUUUGGAUUCAAAAAUGCCUUGGAAUCUUACCCUUGAUCAACAAGACUUUUGAAAACCUUACUUUGGAGAUAGAUUAUCCAAUGAGUAAAUGGGAGGUUGAUUCUAUUGAAGAGUAUCUCAGCUACAGUUUGUUUUUGCUAGAGCUUUUCAAUUCAAUUUCUUCUUCUCUUUCUCAUCUUGAAAAGGAUAAGCUUUCUCUGAUUCAUGCCUUGAAGGUGUUUGAAAAUUCGUCGUCUUUGGCUACAAGUCAUCAUCAUCAUCCCAAAGCAAUUCAACCUAGCUGUUUGAAUAUAAAAUUUGGUGAAAAGCUGCGUGAAAAAAAUGGUAAAGUAAAGUUUUUUAAUGGGAAGGAGUUCGUUGUUAAUGAAGGUGUGAAGGAAUUGAAGAGAAUAGGUUUUUGGGUAUGUGGGAUUUUGUUGUCUUGUUUGUGUAUUGAUGUUAAGCCAUAUAUUGAGGUUAAGAAAAUGGUUGGUGGGUUUGAUGGUUCUUUGAUUUUCACACUUGAUUCAAGAAUCAGUGAAGGGUUAGGUGAUAAAAGUUUCAUGUUGAAGGAGGUGAAGGAGGUGAAUGAUGCUGUUGAUUCCAUUCUUGAGGCUUCAGAUGAAGUUAAACGUGACGCAGCUAAGGAAUUGGAGACAAAGCUGAACAAGUUUGUGGAGGGAUCUGAUGUUGUAAAAGCUGAGAUGGGUGAUCUCUUUUCUAAGGUAAUGGCCCAGAGAACUAAGUUGAUUGAUCAACUUAGGAAACAAUACUAGAAAUUUGUUUACUUGAUUUUUCUUCUGAAGAUUCAUAGGUUGCAACUUGCAAGUUUUCUUUUAAAUGUCUGUGACUUUUAUGAUUAUUGUAAAGUUCUGUAAACUUCAAAUACAAGUGAUUUGUUUGCAAA